CCCUGAAUCCCGCAUCCAUGCCUUUCUUUCCCGGUGGACAGCGGGCCAGCGAGGACGAUGGAGGUCCUGGCUCGGGAUUCAUGACGCACGCGGCUGCCCGAGAGCAGGAUCAGUCGUCAUCUCCCUUCACCUUUUCCUCGUCCCCUUCCCUCUAUCGUGGCAUCAGGCUGUCCCCACCUAUUGCGGAGGGGCACGAUGCUGCCCAUGAUGCUGGAGUCCGCUUCCAACAGUCACCGCCCGGCCCCGAAUGGCUCCGUUCAUCGCCCGCUCCCCGAUCCGUUGACAGCGACAAACAGAUCACAGCGUUCGAAUCUCGCGCGGGCAGAGAUUUGGCUAACUUCGAUACUUUCGCCACCGUGGACGAUCACGGCGCUUCUGGCACCACUUCGUCUGAGAACGGCGCCCUCGCCAACUCCAUCCUCCAUCGUCAAGGCGUAGCAACACCGUCAAUCUCCUUGCACAGCAAUUCACGGUCUCCUCUCGGUAACAACAACGUCGUGGUGACCUCGUCAUCUCCUGUGUCUUCUUUGGAUUCUGGUAGCCAUUUCGCUUCUAGCAUGGAACUUCGUCCUUCUAGCUUCGAGGCACAGCUGCGUGCUUCACCCAUCAUCAACGACAUUCUGGAUCGCCUCGUUCGUUGCGAAUUCUCCACUCGCGAAAUUCAUCGCGACCUCGGUGAUGUUCAUCGGAAGGUUGACGUUCUACUCGAGCGUUCUUUCGGCCAGACCUCCCAGCCUGAGUUUAAGGAUCCCUUUGCCCCGUCUACUCCAUCUCAGGGUCUUAGCAUCAGCGCCCCGCGGCCAUCUGUAU